CAAACUCAUCCUUCCAAUACCCAGUACGAAUGCAAAAUUGAGGAAAACGAAAAUCCAGAAUUUUCAUAAAUUUAUAGUUGGAUUACUCUUUUUUGAUAAAAUUUAGCUCAUUUUCUGGGUUGCUUUUGAAUUGCUUUCUUGGCGAAUCUGUAUUUAAUAUAAUCUGAUAUAAAAGUGCUAGCAGAAAACUUGCCUUUUCUAAUUCUUAGUUCUUCUGCUUUCACACUUCGUUUGUUUGUCUAGUUAAUAGUUGCCUUUUUGUCUUCUUCGGAUGUCUACAUUUUAAAAACAGCCUUCUACCGCUAAUUUUUCCAAAUAUACAGAAAUAUCGAAAACCUUUCUUCCUUCUGUUCUUUUUUAUAUUCAAAUAUCGGAUUUCUUUUCUUAGGGUGAAAAAAAUCAUUAUUUAAUUGACCAAAAUACUAACCGGUUGUAUUUUUUGUAAAAUUACACGAAAUGUCUUUGCCAAAUGUGAAUAAGCUUUCUCAUGAUGGUCGUGUUCGUUAUUACAAUUGGGCAAAAACGUUCACCAAUGUCUCUUCCGGAUUUUAUACUCCCAAAAACGAAGACCAACUACGAGAGAUUAUAGUGGACGCAAAUGCAAAGCGUAAACAUGUUCGUGUUGUUGGCGCAGGCCAUUCCCCGUCAGACAUCGUUUGUAGUACCGGACAUCUCGUUUCUUUGGACAAAAUGAACAAAAUGGUUUCUAUUGACCAUGAAGCUCAGACGGUUACGGUCCAAGCAGGUAUUCGCUAUAAUCAGCUGCAAGUCAUUCUUGAAAAAUUAGGCUACUCUCUCCCUAUUGUCGGUAGCAUUUCCAACACUUCCGUUGCCGGUAUUAUGUCUACAUGCACUCAUGGUUCUAGUCUUCAACAUCAGGUCCUUCCUGGUUAUAUUGAGUCAUUACGUGUGAUGCUCGCAGAUGGCUCAAUUGUCACUUGCUCGCGUACCCGUCAAAAGGAUGUUUUUUCAGCUGCUCAAGUCAGUCUUGGUGCUUUGGGUGUUAUUGUUGACUUGACCUUACGUGUGGUGCCUGCUUUUGAUUUAAUAGCUACCCAAGCCGCUAUACCAGUUUCUACAUUAUUUGAGAAAUGGAAGGCAAACCAGUUAUGGGAGGCUGCAGAAUUCGUUCGAGUUCAUGUUUUUCCAUACGCGAACCGUGCUGUCGUCUGGAGUGCAAACAAAGUUAACCCUAAUAGCGUUCCCCAUACUCCCAAGCAAUCCAAUUUCCGAAUCAAAUUUAACUCUUUUAUUUACGAAAAUUUGCUUUACAUUGGUAAUCUAUUUCCUCGGUUUAUGCCUACUUUGCAGCGUCUUGCUUAUCACUUUUUCUAUGGAUGGAGGAACGGUCAUCUCUCUACCACUGUUGGGCCCGGAUUUGAUGUUAUGCAGAUGUUUUGCUUCUUUUCUCAGCACGUCACUGAAUAUUCUGUUCCUUUGGACACAGCUUCGGAUGCUUUAGAACAAGUUAUCAACUAUACUAUUGGUCCUGCCCUUGAGCAGGGAAUUUACACUCAUCAGCCUUUGGAGGUUCGAGUAGCUGCUCCUACUCCUGAAGAUGAGUGCUGGCUUUCUACUGCUUCUAAGGUUCCUACUUGCUAUAUUGAGAGUAUCAUGUAUCGUCCUUAUCACAGCAAUGUCAAAUACGAAUCCUAUUUUAAUGCCUUCGAAGAGAUUAUGUGUGGUUUCAAUGGUAAACCUCAUUGGGCCAAAGAAUUCCAUUUGAAUAAGAAUCAACUUUUAGAACUGCAUCCUAAUCUCUCAAAGUGGCUAGAACUCCGUAAUUUAUUGGAUCCCAACCGCAUUUUUUGGAAUAAUUACAUGCGUCGUCAUUUCUCUUAGAUGUGAUGACUGUACAUGAAUACUUUUUAAGGCUAUGCCUUGAAGGUUGUACUCACUUAUUGAAGCUGCUCCGUUUGUCUUGAAUCUUGAGUCUCUUUUCUAGCGAAAUGUUUGCGUGUGUUUGUAUAGACGAACACCAAUUUACCUGUAAAGUAGUCGUAUAGGCAAAUAGAUAUUAAAAACAAGUAGGAGAUUGAUAUAAUUUAUGUUAUUUUACUUUUCCUUCUUUAUCUUGUAAACUCAU